GCGGGGUUUUUCACGGAUGGUUCUGAAGGUACUUAAUACGUUCACGCGCUUCUACAAAUAUGUGAUUCCCACAUUUGGAUAUAGAAAUCAGUUUACCGGGCAAAAUGUAGUAUUUGAUAAAUCUGUUAAAGAAAAACAACGCGCACGAUCAGCACUUACUGAUGAUCCUCACAUGUAUGACUACAUACGUGAAGAAGUUGCCGACCGACUAGCUGAUCGCCUAAAUGAUAUAUCAAGAAAAUUCGAUGUCGCUUUGGAUAUUGGUUGUGGUCGAGGGCAUUUAUCUCAGUUUGUCACAUCAGAUAAUAUCGGGGUUCUCUACCAACUAGACAGUUCAUCUGAGGUCCUAAAACAGAUUAAGCCAUCUGCAGAAGUUUGUACGUAUAACAUAAAUUGCCAUGAAUACUGUCUACCCUUUCGACCAAAUACUCUAGAUUUAGUUCUAAGCUCCAUGAGCCUACACUGGAUAAACGAUCUGCCUGGUUUAUUAAAACAAAUAUUAACAUGCUUGCGUAAUGACGGGUGUUUAUUAGGUGUGAUGCCAGCAAUGGAUACAUUGUAUGAAUUACGUGUAUCAUUGCAAUUAGCUGAAUUAGAAAGAUUAGGCGGAAUCUCAUCGCACAUCAGUCCAUUCGUGGAUAGUGUAGAUAUGGCUAAUUUGUUACAAUGUGCUGGAUUCAAUUUAAUCACAUUGGAUGUUGAUGAAAUUGUAAUUCACUAUCCAGAUAUAUUUGCGUUAAUGAAUGAUCUACGAUUUAUGGGUGAAUCUAAUGCUACUGUUCAUAGACCAUUACGUUUGAAUCGUGAUGUUCUAUUUGCAGCCUCUGCAAUUUACAAUGAGAAAUUCAGUGUUCCUCGUGAAGAUGAAGAGAAUGAACGUUGUAUUCCGGCAACCUAUCGGCUGUUAUAUUUUAUUGGAUGGAAACCUGAUCCUUCUCAAAGUAAACCUCUUCCUCGUGGUAGUGCACAGUAUUCCUUGAAGGAUCUCCACAGAAUUGAUGAGUUAAUUAAACUACAUUUUGAAAAAUAA